AUGCAGAUCGAUGCCGGAGCGACCCCUGUGUCGUCGGAGCUUGGAGCCCUGGUGCUGUCUGCCGACUCGCUGGAGCUCCAGCGGAUCUUUGCCGGUGUGCCGUCGGACCCCUCGGGGGCGGGGCGCAUGGGGGCGUUCGUCGCUUGCGGCAACACGCUGCCACGCGCCCGCGAGACGGUUCUGGGCGUGGAGGGCGGGGACAGGGGUGGGAGGGUGGGACGGUGGGAUCCGCGGACGGGGACCGGGACGGUUGAGGCUGUCAAGGGCCAGUACACGGACGCAGAGGGGAAGUGCCAUGUGGAGGCGUUGCUCUUCGAGGAGUUCGGCGCAAUGAGCGCGGGGGUGGAGGAGCUGCUGAUGCGGGUGGCUGAGGUGGCGGGCCGGAAGCUCACGUGGUGGCAGUACGACCAGACGUCGUGGUCGGCGCGCGAAUGGAUGCCGUUUGCGCUGCAGCGACUGUCGGUGCAGCUCUGGGUGGCGCUCGCGGACGAGGCACAGCGCGCCAUUGGUGCGGCGUCGCGCGACCGCGAGGGACCGCGGGGGAAUGCUAGUGGGAUGGGGGGCUCUGAGGGGAAGGGAGCGGGGGGCGCCCAGUAG